UAAACGUUCUAUAGUGAGAUUUUAAUGAAAUUAUAAAAUUUAAAUUUAGAAUUAAAAAUUUAAAAAGAUAAAGUUUAAAUAUAAGAUUAGAUAUUUUCUGAGCUUUAAAAUUAAAAAUAAUAAGUUUUAAUUGAAAAGUAAGUACUUUAACAAAGCUUGAGUUCAAAAUAAUUAUAAAUACAAGAAUUUAAAGUAAAUAAAAAACUAGUAAUAAAAAUAAAAAUAUAAAAUAGGAUUAGCUUAUGUAAAUUUAAUAAUCAAUAUGUUUUAUGGAAAAGAUGUUUAGUGCUUUAACUUAAGAUACUUAGUAAUAAUCUAAGAACUCCUUAAUUAAUUAAAUAAGACUAUAAAUAAAAAAAAUCAAAGAACAAUCUCAAAUUAAAUAAUAACUUGAAGAUAUUAAAGAAUAAUAAUAAAAAGAAAAAGAUAUUUUAAAAAUUUAAAAUCCUGAGGUUUCAGAGAUUAAAAAGCUAAUUAAUAAUAAUAAUUAAAUACGAUAAAAGACUCAUUCUUAAAAUUUUAUUUAUGAUACAGAACAUCAAAACAAUAUAGAGAAAAUUAAUAAAUAACUUUCAUCUUUAAUAAGCGAAAGUGAUCCCAGUUAUAAUUAAAAUUACAAACUUUUAGAAUGGUUAAAUGAUGGAAAAUGCGAUAUUUGGAAAAUAAAAAUGGUUUAUUAUAAUAACUAUAGAGGAAUUCAUUCUAAACAAAAAAUAAACAAAGACGAAACUAUUCUUUUUAUUCCACAAAAAUACAUGAUAACAUUAGAAUUAUGUAAAUAAAAUACCAUUUGUAAACAAAUAGAGUAAAGAAACAUCAAAUUAUUAUCUCCAAAGCAUUCAAUUUUAUCUAUAUAUAUUCUUUCCGAAAAAAAAAAUCCUAACUCUUUCUGGAAGCCCUACCUAGAUAUCCUUCCUUGUGAAUUUACAACAUUCCCUAUUUUAUACACAGAAGAAGAGAUUCAAUGGUUAAAAGGGUCUCUUAUAAUAAACUAAAUAUACGAAAAAAACAAAGCAUAAAAUAAGACUAUCAAACAUUACUAAAAAACUUUCCUAUUAUUAGUAAAUUAUUUACUCUUUAAGAAUUUACAUGGGCAAGGAUGAUGGCAGCCUCAAGAAUUUAUGGACUUCAUAUAUAAAAUAAAAGAACUGAUGCUUUUGUUCCUUUAGCUGAUAUGUUUAAUCAUAAA